CAAUUUUCAAACUCAACGAUUUUUAAUUAUUUCGUGACAUCAAUUAUUAAUUCCUUAAAUUUAUAUUAAUUUAUUCCAAAGAUUUAAAAGUUUUGAAAUGGAACCAGCACGUUUAAAUUGUUGUGAACGUGUCACGGAGUGUGUUGGUGCCGACGUUUCGUAUCUGUCUCCUAUAAAACCAAAAUUAAGAAGAUUUGUUGACAUUUACUCACCACAACAUCUAAAUAAAACACCUAAACACAGGCAACAAUAUUUGGGCUUAACAAAUGAGAACAGAUAUAAUACUCCAGAGAAGUGUAUUGAUGUUGACAAUAGGUGCAGAACAGUCAAACCUCAAGAAAAAAAUAGAAAUGUAUGUUACGACUGUUCAUUUGAGGGUAAUCAGAGUUUUCCCCGGCUGAAGCAUAGGGUGAGGCCUAUAAAGAUGGAUUUAGAAACUCCAACUAAGGUGAAGCCAUCUACAGACAUAGUUAGAGUUGAUGGCCCCAAUGGUCUUCGCUUUAAUGCUUCUCUGGCAGCUGGGGAUGUAGCAGGGUCACCUGGACCUUCCCAGUCAGAUCGGAUACAAAAUAUUAAUAGUAAAGCUGUGUUUACUGUUGAACCAGCUACUACGAAGAUCCUGAUUGUUAAUAACAAGGCAUGUUCAUUACUUGGCUACUCAUCGGGUGAGCUUUGUGAUCUGAAGUUCUCUGAUCUUCUCCGUAACAGAAGUCACAAAGCAUUCAGAUUACACACAACAGAGGAUGGUGAUACUUCAGAAGAUGGCACUAUUGUUUUAUUAAGUGGAAAGGUUGUAGAGUUGUUAUCUAAAGAUGGAACAUUGGUGCAAGUUUCUCUGUGGAUCCGACAAAUAGAUAGUGAUGGACCAUGUUUGAUCGUUGCUGAACCAGUUACCUGUAAAAAUGUUUUGUUCACAAUUGAUGCAGAAACUGGCAUAAUUUUAACAUGUGACGGUGAGGAUGCAGGGCUGUUGUUUCAAGCUGAUGCUGCAGACAAACUUGUAGGGAUGCCUAUAGCUUCGUUGAUACCCUCUAUACAGAUACCAGGAUAUGACACUAAUAUUCCGAAAAAUAUUUCUAAACAAAAGGCUGCAGGUAGGACAUUAGAUGGUGGAUCAUUUCCAUUGUGUCUAUGGAUAUCAAAACCAGACACAAAAAAUUCGUUAGCAUCUGCAAAAACAAAUGAGAGAUCUAUAUUUGAAGUUAAUGUGAGGGUGACAAAUAAUGUAAGCGGACUGCUAGUAGUCGACGAGAGUGGUAUCAUAACCGCAUGCAACCAACAUUUUGCAAUGCUGACUUUCGGGAAACCGCAGUGUGACGUAAUCGGCCAUCACAUUGAGCAUGUUAUACAGAACUUCUGCCGGGAGGCUGACCUGCUGAAGCUGCAUGAGCCCAACAGGAACAUGACCCUCUCGCCCGUUCCCAACGAUGGCGAUGACGAUGCUGAUGAUGUUGGUGAUGAUAAUGUGUCAAAUACUGACGAAGAUUCCUGCGGAGCCUUUAACGGAAGUCAAAAGUCUGCUUGCACUUCACUCAACAUCCAACCAUCAAUGCUAUCCAUGAAUAAGGAUAAAUCAUCAAGUGCUUUAUGUCUUGACAAAUCGAGUAGUCUAGUGACGCACACACCAACUCCGACACAGGACAUGGUGUCAAGCAUCAGCACAGAACAGAGGAACGACACCUCCGCUCUCCCGGAUGUUACGUCUGCCAUAUCCGGUCUAUCGAUAGAUGAAGACUUUUGCCAUACAUUAUCCAAGUCCCGCUCGGAAAAUAUCCUCCGCUCUGAAGAAAGCAACCCGAGACAAACUAAAGAGAACGAUUCUAUAUACUACACAUCGCAGCAUUCACAGGAGAUAACACCCACUGGAAUGUCACCCAAAAUGCGGUUGUCUUUAGACUGCAGUAAAUAUAAGUGUAAGGAUAGAAGCAGUGUGUCUUUGGACUUUAGUGAUUCGAAUGAGACGAGCGCGGAUUUCCUGACGCCGAUUAAUGAGCUGCCUCCAUCUGGAUGUGACAUUGAGGCGUUGCCCAAAUAUAAUGGUAAUGAGAGUGUGGAUAGUUUGAGUAAUGAUGUGGAUUUGGAGACACAAACGGAAUCAGCACCACAGAAGAAAUUUGAAGAUGAGCCACCCGAAACCCCGUGUUUAGCCAAGCGUGCCCUACGGUCAGUUGUGACUACAUCUACACCAACUCACUCUAGGAACAGUAGGACUGAUUGUGAAUGUACCACACACGUACACAAGGAUGGCACUUACAGAGGUGUGGUACUGCACAAUGAUGGCACUGAACUAAAUGUGGUGUACACAGUGUCGAGCAUGCAGCUGAGUAGCGGCCGCACGGUGCGAUGCGUGUGGCUCGGCGUGAGGCGCGAGCAUACGCUCGGACACGCCACGCUAGCUUCGAGCCUCCCCUCCACUGCUGACGAUUCGCUCGCCAUGGGCAACAAGUCUGCUAGCAGCAGACCGCAGUCAAUGUCCCUGAGUCAGUGCGGAGAGGAACAAACCGCUGGAGAAUUCGGGAAACACUACGUAACGCUUAAACAGAUUGGCAAAGGGGCGUAUGGCUGCGUUAAAAUGGCGUACCGCAGGUCAGAUCGAUUGUUGACGGUGGCCAAGUUCAUCCUGAAGGAGAAGGUAGGCGCACAGUUCUGGGUGGACGGGCCCGACGGCAGGAAGGUGCCGCUCGAGCUCAGCCUGCUGAUGUCGCUCAAGCAUCCCAAUAUUGUUAGCGUGAUAGACAUGUUCGAGAAUGAUAAAUAUUUUCAAAUGGUGAUGGAGAAGCACGGCGCCGGUAUGGAUCUGUUCGAGUUCAUCGAGAGGAGACCCAGACUGGACGAACCUUUGCUCAGCUAUAUAUUUAGACAGAUUGGCCAGGCUGUCGAGUAUUUGCACUCGCUCAACAUUCUGCAUCGAGACAUCAAAGAUGAAAACGUUAUCAUAGACAACAAGUUUCACGUGAAGCUCAUCGAUUUUGGCUCAGCAACGUUUAUGAGCAAAGACACAUUGUUCUCGACGUUCUACGGGACCACAGAGUAUUGCAGCCCAGAAGUACUGGCUGGAAAUAAGUAUGCUGGUCCCGAGCUAGAGAUGUGGUCUAUGGGUAUAACUCUCUAUGUGCUCACAUUCUUUGUCAACCCCUUCACGGACAUCGAGGACACCAUACAAGGUCCACUGUCUUUCCCACAGCUUGUAUCCGAAGACUUAGAGCACCUGCUUCGGUGGAUACUGUGCAAGGAGCCGAGCCAGCGCUGCACCGUGGCGCAGCUGAUGGCGCAUCCGUGGAUGAAGCAGCCGGUCAACAUCAAGCAGUACAUCUUCCACGAGAUUCUGGAGUGUGAUCGUCACGAAGCCAAUCCGGAGAUGUACUUCAGCGGCAGUCUAAGCUCACCGAGAAGCAGCUCUCCUUUGUCACUUGCUGAUCCUCUUGCUAAAGAACGGUGGAACCCUUCGGAGGUGGCGGCGCGGUCGGAGAGCAAGAACGUGUCUGUGGAGGAGCGACGGCGGCUGGCCCGCGAUCCCCAGUCUGACAACUACAGUCUACGGUCUUCUGCCGACAUUCUCGAUAUAUCGUCGAAGCCCGUGUCGGACGCCGCGCUCACCGACAUCAGCUCGGACGCGACGGGCCACGCCGCCUGCGAUAUCGACUACGACUGCGAGCAAUACGAGUGCGACAGCUGGGAUGAGUGCGAGCAGGACAGCUUCUCGUGAGUGCGCGUGCGAACGGGACGCAGAUACGUGCGGGCUGGCGUAUACGCAUACGACACCAAUAUGAGUGGACAAGACUAUAUUAUUCGAUAAAACUGACCGGAAUAUGGACGAUAUUAUUGAAGAGGAUGUAAAUACUGCCUUACUAAAAAUUUAAAUUCAGUUUAGUAUGAAACGUCCAGUGAACGGAGAGCACUGGAACUUUUUCUUUUGGUUUCUUUUGGCAUAAGUUUGAAAUAGUUACAAUAUGGCGACGAAGUAUAAUCCGGCUAAGUUUGAAAGGGAGCAGUUACUUAAAACGUCUACCUCCGUUUUUUCUUAGUUUCGCUAGGCUGGAUAUUAUGCUCGAAGUACGCAUUGACAAAUUUGAAUAAUGACGUGACAUACUAUGGUCAAAUUACUAUGGAAAUAAUAUUGCCUAUAUACAUUGCAGUUGAUUGAAACAUGAGCGGAUAAGCGACUAACAGCAAUCAAAAAGGAGUUGAUAGGAUAAAGCUGAAAGUCGAAUUUAUUCCUGAAAAUGGACAGAAAGAAAGUAGAUUGAAAUGUUGUAUAUAAAAUAGGAUUAUAUUUUAACUUUAAAAAUUCUGAAAAAGGCUUCAUCUCUGGCCUUAGUCUCGAAUGCCAAAAGGUAACAAAUAACAUCAUUGUAAAUACAUUAAAAACUUGAUAAAUAAAUAUUAAUUUAAAGAAAAUCAUAUCUUACCAUAAUAAUAUAAUUAUACAUAAUACUUUAAAUAAAUAACACUGGUGUAAGUUCAAACGCUUGCUUACGAAUAGGCCCAAAUAUAAUUUGAACAUGUACUUAAGUUAUCUUUUCCGUUGAUAUAACAUCGACAAAAUUGUUUCGUGUCCCGUUUUGUUGAUAAUCCUUUUAAAACCAUAUAAACAGGUUUAUGUUUGUAUGAAACACAUUGUAUGAGAAUUAGUGAACUGUAUGUGUCCAAUAAAAUAAUAACAGUUACCUAGAAAAUAGAUGUUCAAGCGAAUUUCAACCUAGUUAUACACGAUGCGGGACUCGAAUUCGCAACCGGAGAGUUAAACAAGAUAUACGAAAAUUUACGACCCAUGUGCACUCGAACGGUUGUCUCAGUUAGACAGAGCGCUCGGACGGAACCUGAAUGGUCGCGCGUUCGAGUCCCGCAUCGUUCAUAAAUUUUGGUUACAAAUUUAAUUUGUAUAAUUUAUCCCAGAAGUGAGGGUAAUCACUUUAGUAUAACAAAUUAUUUCGACUAACUUGUCUAUUAUGACUGUAGAAUAAUGACAUAAGGGUGGGUUACGUUUCAAUUUUGUCGAUAGUACGUUUUUCUAUGAGAUCCGAUCUUUUUCAAAAUAUAAUAUUUUAUAUCUUAGUAUUACAACACUAAACUUAAACUACAUUCCUAGUUAACUUUCAAAUAUAAUAUAAUUUUUAUUUGUUUAUGUUCUGUUAACUUUCGUGCCUUUGAUUUAAUGUUGCUUUUAUUGAAAAGAAUUGAAAUGUAAAUAAAAAUAAUUUCGGAACACUGCAUUUCAUGGAAUUUCUUAAUGUUCAAUUGCGAAAUAUGUGACAUCUAGGCAGGGUGGUCUCACAAUUGUGACCAAUUGUGACAAGGGGAGGGGCAAAAAAAUCACGAAAUUCGUGUGACGUAAUUUAUUGAUGGCCCCCAACCUAAAAGUAUCAUAAACGUGAUAUGUAAAAAACUGGCUUUUGUGUUCCCUUUUUAGUUUUUACUAUGAUUACUAUUGCCCUGUAAGCGGCCAUAGAAAUUGUUAAGUUAACUACAGUAGUCAUUUGAUCUCAAAAGCAUUUUAUUUCUGUAAUUUAUAAAUUUGUUAGUGGUAAGUAAAUUCGGACUGAGUUGUGAUAAUGGAUGUGUGAAGUAUUGUUGUAUAUAUUGUUCAGUCAUUGUUUGUGAAGGCCAAUGGUAAUGGCACGUUUAUUUAAUAAUAAUAAUUAUGUUAUCUUAUUAUUUAACACUGGAUAGCUGUAGUAUGUUGAUAAUAUUUCAGUAUUGUAAAAUGGUAAGUUAAAUUUAUAAGUAUUAUAUGACAAUUUAACUAUAAAACUUAAGUCAGUAACAGUAGCCUUACAAAUAGACUUGGCAUAAAGUUAUACCUGAGAAUAAAUCAAGAAUAGAAUAUGUUUACAAAUUGACAUUUUGUUUACGAUUGGUUUAUUCAAACGUAUAAUGUUUCCCUUUAUUAGCAAGUCUGCCUGACCUUCAGAAUUAUGAUUGUAUUGACAGUGUUGUCAGCAUUUUUCAUAUUCUUGGUUUAUUCUUAGGUAUAAAUUUAUACCUAGUUUAUUUUUAAGGCCGUAAAGCUUUUGUAACUGUCGUGGUUUUUUGGAUCAUUGUAAGGUUUUACAAGUUUCCCGUCGAUUACGUCGUCAUUUCAAACCUUGGAUGGUAGUCAAGUUCGAUGUAUUAAAACAAUGAAAUGGGGAUAGAUGGGUAUAAUAUUAAAAAAUCAAUGCUAAUAACUUGCUUCUACCAAUGAUUUCACUAUCAAAACCACUUUCACCAAUAUAACUGUCGGGUCCGUAUAAAAGUAAUUAUUGUAUCUUAUGACUGCGAGGAUUUCAGUAUUAGGGAAGAGUAUUUUCUUAAAUAUCGCUUUAGUAAGUUUAGUUUUUAGUAUUGUAGUGAACAAAAAGAACCAAAAUACAGUUAGUAACAAUAUAAAUACUUAGCGUUAGAAUAGCGAGUAAUAUUUAUUAUGAUAACCUGACGUAGUUGACUUCAUAACAUAUCUUGUUUGGGUACAAUUAAAACUAAUUAACUCAUGUAGAUCGUCAUGAAACGAUAGAGUUCAUUCUUCAGUUUGGUCACAGUAUAUAUAUCAGCUAAAGCAGUAAGGAAACUACGUACAAACGUUAAACGCACGCACACAGUAACAGGCAGGUUUCAUAUCUCAACGCGGCACGUGCAGGCCUCGCGCGACUAACAGCACUACGAUGUUCCCAAUAUUCAGUCUAUCUCUUACUUGAGAUAAAAAUCGCGCUAUUUAACGAUCGUUAACUUUUCUGUCCCAGUAAACUUAACGACGGUAACUCACCUUAUCUGUCACACGCUGUCUGUCAAAGGGACUAGGUAUAGCUUACCAGCGAUAGAAGUGUGUAUGGAAAUUGCAAUUCACGCAUCCCAAUAUAAGGCGAUAAGAAUGACUUAUCGGGUAUACUGGGACAGCUUCAGAAUAUUGCCAGCUAAUUACCGACGGUAGAAGGUAGUAAUUUAUCUCUAUCUGUAGAUAGUAUAUUGAGAACGACCAUUAGAGGCCUUGUUGGGACCUGCGUGUGUGUGCGUAGUAUCUUUACUGCUUUAGGGUAUAUAUAUUAUACUCUGGUUUGGUUGUAAAUAAAUAUCCAUGAAAAUCGCACCCUAGAGGAACGCCAUACGUGUGGGGGCAAUGAUGUAAUUUUACGUCAGUUGCCAAAUGAUACAGCUCUUCAAACUAACCGAUUUAAGAUCUCACUAGAUUAAAAAAAAAUAGAACUUAUAUUUACUUUCCCUCUUGGAUCUUAUUGUACCACUUGUUUCGAAUUUUGAACCAUUACAUUAGGUCAGUUUCAUCUAUCAAAAUUAAAUUAUGAAAGUAUGUUAUUUAUAGUAUUCACCGUAAAAAUACCAAAUAAAUACUAAUUUGUUAUAAUAAAUGAGAAUUAUUUAUAGUUUCAAAUUCAUAGUUUGAUUAUAGCAGUCUGUCACGUGAAUAAAAACGCUUUCCACCAUUCUGUGACGUCACUAUAGCAGAAACAAUUUGUUUUUAGCAACACACCAACGAUACGAACUGUGAAAAGUCAUUUUUAUAUGCGUUCACUGCAUUUUUAUUUUCAAUACAGAUUGCACUGCACAUUUGACGUUUUUUUGUUUAUGUUAUGAUGACGUCACGAUCAUGUCGCCUCCCUUUUUGGCGUUAUAUUCAUCGUUGAAAUUUAAAACAAUUUUUCUUAGCAUAAAGUGCAAUUAUUUUGAGGAAAUGAAAAUAGCAGUGGCUUUCCGAUGAUUUUCGAAUUUUAAAAAAAUCGAAGAAUAGCCUAUUGAGGACAUGAGAACCCGGUGCCGGAUUUAGCAAGCGCGGGGCCCGUAGCAAAUUCUUUCGAAGAGCCUUGAUCUAAAUUGGAGUGUCUGACGUAAAUUGUCUUAUUAAGAAAAGUAACGAUUUACGUUUUUAUGACAUCAAGUAAAUUCAAUAUACCACAUCCUAAAUAAGUUUCACCCAAAAAAUUACGCACAGUAGAGAUGAUGUAUGGGGAUUUAUGGGGGGAGAUAUAAGCGUAUGAGGUAUUGGGCUAAAAUUGUUUAUUAAAAUAAUUUGGGUACAGUACCUUAUAUAGAGAGACACGAUUACAUUUUCACAAGAAUACUACGCCACACACAGAAGGCGAAUAUAAAUCACAUACGGACACUGAUAAUAUGUAAUACGUUAAUCACACAAUACAAAACUUUAAAAAUAAGAUUAAAAAUUAGAAACUGUUAAGAGAUGCGUGAGCUUAUAGCAUUUAAUGGCAAAAAUCGAAUGACAGUAAAAUAUUUAGUUAAAUAUCAAAUUAUGACCAAAGAUUUUUGUCUACCCCCAGAAUUUCAGAUUAUUUAUUAUACCGCAAAUCUGUCAUGAAAUAAUAAAUAUUAUAUCUAUUUUGAAUAUAAUUGAAUUGAAUUUUAGUAUUAUUCCUGAUUGUAUUAAUAAAGAUAAAAAACAAAACUAAAAUAACGCAUUUUAGCCACAGGUUUAAAUAUGCGGGGCCCAUAGAAGUUGCUACUCGUGCUACGGAACAAAUCCGGCAUUGUAAGAACUAUAAGCAAGGUGGUCUAAAUACAUUGUUUUAAAAUAUAAUAUUCAAAAAUAUUUAUUUUAAUUCAUUCAUACUAAUAUAAGUUUAAUAAAUUAGAUCUUUAAUAUAAAAAUAUAGUUGGGCUAUCGUUCUCAUGACCUCAACUUAUAUACCAAUUCUAGUCGGUAGAUAAUAAUUGAGGCGGUGUUGCCAAAUGAUGCUUUAUUAUUUAAAUUUAAUAUGUAUUAUAAUAUUUUAGUUUCGGCAUUGGUGACGAUACUGAGAUCAAUUUGCGAUAUAUUAAUGUAUUAAAAAUUUAAUAAAGAGCAUAAUAUAUAUUUUGUACAUAUAUAUAUAUGGAUACAGGUGGAAUCAAAUACCUUCCAAAACUGGUGAUUUGUAAUCUAAUGAUUAUAAAUUGGGAAACCAUAGUGAUCUUACAAGGAACAGGCUCACUGUUUGAGCCAACUGGUAAAAAUUUUAAUUUUUUUUGAUUAAUGAUUUUGUAUAAACUUCGAUCAAAUUCAAGCAUAGAGUAGGUAUUUAACCAACAAGUAAAAAAGUUCUCUAUACAGAUUAUACUAUUAACUUGCUUACGUAAAAUGCUCAGUACUAAUCAAAUCAAGCGACUAGCCCCGAGCGGUUGCUGAAAUUAUGGAAUAUAUUUUUCUUAGUUUAAUCUGCAAUCCGUGGAUUAGUUGAGUAUGCCGUUGGACUGUAUAGAACAGAUCCUUUCUUUUAAGCCUUUUCAUGGCUCUGGAACGGUUUAACAAAAAAUAAAAAACGUUUUAAAUUUCUGAGAGUUUGUAUUGCAUCCUUUGAUUAACUAGGACAGCGCGACCAAGUGUUCAAACCUUGUUGCACAUAUUAUAUAGGACUCAUACGUCAUAAUAUACAACACUGACUAACUAAAAACAAUGCUCACUCGACGUUUUGACCAUACUUUAAUUGUCACUUUUUGAGCGUGAUUGGUCCUAGAGUCUCGGAGAUGUACUUACUUCAAUCCAAUACCCAAUGUAGAUUGUAGACACAAUCUGCUGUGUGACGUUUGUUUUUUUUUAAUAUAAAAGGAGCAAACUGCUAGGAGGCUCACGGGAUGGAGAGUGGCACCGCCCAUAGACUUCCGCAACAUCAAGUGUCAAGAGAUGCGAAGGCCUUUA